AUCCUAAACUACGUCGUUAAGGGGAACAACUUUCCAAUUUGCUUCGACAAAGGCGCAGCAACUCCGAAGAGGCGGUUCAGCCUGUGUGGUCGCCGUCUCAACGCUUUGGAGCCAUCGCAGUGGAUGUGUUGAAGAAAGCAAAAAUUAGCCGAUUGAGGAAGUUAGUUCGGGAGAGAUUGAAUAAUUCCCCAAUUUGAAGAGUUUUCAAAUCCGGAAGUUCAGGUGCUGACCAGAGGAAAAUGACGACGAUACGCCGAUUCUGUUGCAACGAUCUUCUCCGCUUCGCUUCUGUAAAUUUUGACCAUCUCACUGAAACCUUCAACAUGUCAUUUUAUAUGACAUAUUUGGCGAGAUGGCCAGACUAUUUCCAUGUAGCUGAAGGCCCCGGCAACAAAAUCAUGGGCUACAUUAUGGGUAAAGUAGAAGGGCAAGGUGAGUCUUGGCAUGGACAUGUAACUGCAGUUACAGUGGCUACAGAAUAUCGCAGGCAGCAAUUGGCUAAAAAACUAAUGAACCUCCUAGAAGACAUAAGUGACCAAAUUGACAAAGCAUACUUUGUGGAUCUUUUUGUUAGAGCAUCAAAUACACCAGCUAUAAAGAUGUAUGAGAAGCUUGGGUAUGUAAUCUAUAGACGAGUGCUACGUUAUUACUCUGGGGAGGAAGAUGGCUUAGAUAUGAGGAAAGCUUUAUCAAGGGAUGUUGAGAAGAAGUCGAUCAUUCCCCUCAAACGGCCAGUUACUCCUGAUGAAUUGGAAUAUGAUUAGAUCUCCAUGACAGGUGAAAGUAAGAUGAUGAUGAUGCUUGUAGUUCUCCAGAUGAAAGAAUAAGCUCUUAGAUAAGCUGUUUAAGUUAAUGUCAAAAGAGAUCUAAAAUGUUUUUGACUUCAAUUAUGAUGGUUAGAUUUUUUGGCAUUGAGAACAUUGAAGAAGAGAUGUGCAAGACAUUUUGUGUGUAUGUGUCUUUUUUUCUUUUUUUUUUUUCUCUAUUUGUUCUGGGUUGUUGAUGUUGUAUUUUGUUUAUUUUAAAUGGAAGUCUGAAUUUUGUA